GAGCGCGAGGGCGGGCGGGGCGGAGGGGCGGCCUAGGCCCUCGGCCCCCAGAGGUCAGCUCGCUGCGGGUGUCUGCGCCGCGGUAACUUCGCUGGGUCGUGCCGCCGUCGCCGCCUUUGUCCCUGCACCAUGGCUUUCGUAACCCGGCAGUUCGUGCGCUCUGUGUCCUCCUCGUCCGCUGCCUCGGCGUCGGCGAAGAAAAUCAUCGUCAAGCACGUGACGGUUAUCGGCGGCGGGCUGAUGGGCGCGGGCAUAGCGCAGGUCGCUGCUGCAACUGGCCACACAGUAGUGUUGGUAGACCAGACAGAGGACAUACUGGCAAAAUCUAAAAAGGGGAUUGAGGAAAGCCUUAGGAAAGUGGCCAAGAAGAAGUUUGCAGAAAACCCCAAGGCGGGCGACGAGUUUGUGGAGAAGACCCUGAGCAGCAUAUCGACCAGCACGGACGCAGCAUCCGUAGUCCACAGCACGGACCUGGUGGUGGAGGCCAUCGUGGAGAACCUGAAGGUGAAGAGCGAGCUCUUCACGAGGCUGGACAAGUUUGCCUCUGAACACACAAUCUUUGCCAGCAACACUUCGUCUCUGCAGAUCACAAACAUAGCCAACGCCACCACAAGACAGGACCGAUUCGCCGGGCUCCAUUUCUUCAACCCAGUGCCCUUGAUGAAGCUGGUGGAGGUCAUUAAAACACCAAUGACCAGCCAGAAGACUUACGAAUCUCUGAUAGACUUCACCAAAGCUCUGGGAAAGCAUCCUGUUUCUUGCAAGGACACUCCGGGGUUUAUUGUGAACCGUCUCCUGGUGCCGUACCUUCUGGAAGCGGUCAGGCUGUAUGAACGAGGUGAUGCAUCCAAGGAAGACAUCGACACCGCCAUGAAGCUGGGAGCUGGGUACCCCAUGGGCCCAUUUGAGCUUCUCGAUUACGUGGGGCUGGAUACUACGAAGUUCAUCUUAGACGGGUGGUAUGAAAUGGAUGCGAAGAACCCCCUGUUUCAGCCCAUCCCGUCCUUGAAUAAGCUGGUGGCGGAGAACAAGCUGGGCAAGAAGACCGGAGAAGGCUAUUACAAGUACAAGUGAGGCGCGGCUUCCCUGCUCCGGCAGGGGCCCCCGUAGGCACGCACCAGCAGCUCCCCCAAGUGCCCACGGGACCGUUCUGUGGUCGGACGUGCCCUCACACAGCUCCGUCUGUUCCAUGUGCAUUUUGAUUGUAACCUCUCUGAAGUAAUUACUUACAUAGUUAUCAGAAUGCCAGAUUCCUCAUUGAGAACUAAUUUCCCUGUUUUAGUCUGUUCAUUUUUCUGUAUUUUCUAAAAAGCUUUACACCCUUGGUGCCUUGGAGCAAACACAUCUUUUGAACCUUACCAUUUUCAUAAUGAAUUGUCUGGAUUCAUUCACUUGUGAAGGGGCCAGCAUCUGCUGCGAGUACGGCUGCGUUCGUCUCGGCCACACGGGAGAGUGGCGAGCCGUCGGCCACGUCGGUGGCGUGUCAGGGAAGUGCCACGGUGAGCGGUGCCUGCGUCUCGCCUUGCUGAGAACAUUUGCUCCCUGCAGCUUCAAGCCUUACCCUACGUCUGGGGCGCGACCUGUCGUGUCAUGACUUAAUUGAGCUCAGGCUGUUGGUGGGCCUAUCUCCACGUGCUCGGUUUGCAGGAAGAGGUUUCAUUCACAUCCAGAAUCUCAGUGAUGAUUGUCUGUUUCUCUUUUUUUUCCCCCAUGAGAAAUCAUGCUGCAGACUGCCUGUAAAUGGAUUCUAAUAAAAUGCAAUCUUUUAAUCUGUGAAAAUUUGAACUGAAAUAAACGUGUAUAAUUUAAAAGUG